AUGUCUAACGACUCAAAAGUCUACGUUUCUUAUAACCAAAUAAAAGAUACUGUUGAACGUUAUCGUAUUAAUGAAGAAUUCAAACCUGACUUAAUGAUUGCAAUAGGUGGUGGUGGCUUUAUACCGGCUAGAAUUCUGCGUACCUUUCUAAAACGCCAAAACAACAAAAACAUUCCUAUCCAAGCUAUAGGACUCUCGUUAUACGAGGAAUUGUUCGUUUCAACCGAAAGCGAACAAGCAAAAAAUGACUCUGCACUCGCCAAAUUGGGGAAUCAAGUAAUAAAAACCCAAUGGUUACAAUUUGGUCCGCCAGUUGUCACAACGCUAUUAGGAAAAAAUAUUCUGAUUGUGGAUGAAGUGGAUGAUACACGUACAACAUUGGCAUACGCAAUUCAAGAACUGACCAAAGACAUUGACGAACUGAAAAAAAAAUUUAUUCUCGAAUAUCCAGGAAAGGACGUGCCUGCAACUCGAUUAGCUGUGUUCGUAUUGCAUAAUAAGAUUAAAGAGAAACGAAUGGAAAUCCCAGAUGAAUCGAUCGUUAAUGGUGGAAGGUAUUGGGCUGCAAAAGAAGUUCCUGAUAGAUGGAUAGUGUAUCCGUGGGAGUCUACUGAUAUAGAAGAACAUACAGAAAAAAGUUUGAUCAGUAAUUGA